AUGGAGAAGGAAAAUGCAACACUGCUGACAGAGUUUGUUUUCACUGGACUUACAUAUCUACCAGAGUGGAAAAUCCCCCUGUUCUUGGUGUUCUUGGUAUUGUAUGUCAUCACUAUCGUGGGGAACCUUGGUCUGAUUGCUCUUAUCUGGAAUGACACUCACCUUCACAUCCCCAUGUACUUAUUCCUUGGGAGUUUAGCCUUUGUGGAUUCUUGGCUGUCAUCUACAGUGACACCAAAGAUGCUGUUAAACUUGUUGGCCAUGAGUAAAAUGAUAUCUCUCCCUGAAUGCAUGGUACAAUUUUUUUUCUUUGGUAUCAGUGCAACCACAGAAUGUUUUCUCUUGGCAGCAAUGGCAUAUGAUCGCUAUGUAGCCAUAUGCAAACCUUUACUUUAUCCAGUGAUUAUGACCAAUGUACUAUGCAUUCGGCUAUUAGUCUUGUCAUUUGUAGGUGGCUUUCUUCAUACCUUAAUUCAUGAAGGUUUUUUAUUCAGGUUAACCUUCUGUAAUUCCAAUAUAAUACACCACUUUUACUGUGACAUUAUACCAUUGUUAAAGAUGUCCUGUACUGAUCCUUCUCUUAAUUUUCUAAUGCUUUUUAUUUUGUCAGGCUCAAUACAGAUAUUCACCAUUGUGACUGUUCUUGUCUCUUACACAUUAGUUCUCUUUACAAUCUUAAAAAGGAAGUCCAUCAAAGGCAUAAGGAAAGCCUUCUCCACCUGUGGAGCCCAUCUCUUGUCUGUGUCUUUGUACUACGGCCCUCUUCUCUUCAUGUAUGUGCGCCCUCGAUCACCACAAGCAGAUGAUCAAGAUAUGAUGGAGUCUCUAUUUUACACUGUCAUAAUUCCUUUUUUAAAUCCAAUUAUCUAUAGCCUGAGGAAUAAUAAAGUCAUAGAUUCACUGACAAAGACAUUAAAGGGAAAUAUUUAG